GGCUUUGAAGAAGAGUGUGUGUGACACUGUGAACGUGGCUAUAGUGGAGUUGAGAGAGAGAGCGCAUGAAAAUUUGUAGUGGGUUUUGGUUUAGGAGUUGGGUUUAGAAUCUUGUUCGGAAUUGUGAGAGAGUUAUGUACAUAGCUUCCAUGGGAAGGUCUUUCAAGGACUCUCUGAAACUGCUUGAAGCUGAUAUUCACCAUGCCAAUACCCUGGCAUCAGAUUUUCCAAGGGAAUAUGACGGUGCAUGCCUUCAAAUGAGAAUGUCAUACAGUAUGGCAGCACACCUAUUUCUCUUUUUGGUACAAUGGACAGAUUGCAAUCUUGCCGGGGCCCUAGGAUUGUUAAGAAUCCUAAUAUACAAGGUUUAUGUAGAUGGGACAACUACCAUGUCUACCCAUGAAAGGAAAGCAAGUAUUAGAGAAUUCUAUGCGGUCAUAUAUCCCUCAUUGUUGCAACUGCAAAAAGGUGUAACUGAUACAGAGGAUAAAAAACAGAAGGCUGUAUGCUUGGAGAGGUAUCGGAAAAGAGACGAAGAUGAGCACAGACAGCCUUCGGAUAUAGACAUUGAAAGGGAAGAGGAAUGUGGAAUAUGCAUGGAGAUGAACAGUAAGAUUGUGUUACCCGACUGCAACCAUGUCAUGUGCCUGAAAUGUUACCACGAAUGGAGAACAAGAUCACAGUCAUGCCCCUUUUGCCGUGACAGUCUCAAGAGAGUAAAGUCAGGCGAUCUCUGGGUGUUCACUGAUGGUAGGGAUGUUGUAGACAUGGCAACAGUGACAAGAGAGAAUCUUAAAAGGCUUUUCAUGUACAUAGAUAAGUUGCCUUUGAUCAUUCCAGACUCUCUUUUUGACACUUAUGACUCUCAUCUAAGAUGAGUGGUUUUAAUCAGUGUCUGGUGUUGGAGGGGCAGUUCCUUUCAAUUUAGUAACAUAAACUCGGAAUGUCAUUUGGUAAAUUUAGUCUAUAGAGUCGCAGUGUUGCUUCCCACGUCUUGCAAAAAAGUUUCCAACCCUGAGUUUACUGCGGGUUGGUGGUGAAGAUGAGUAUGUGCUCAUUUGUCUUUGUAUAUCCUGUACAGAUUCAAUUGCUUGUUCAGAAAAGAUCUGUUUCCAUA